AUGCAGAAACUUACAGAUAAUAAAGUGAAUGAUGAACUGGAAACAAUCAGAGAGGCUAAUGAGAAAUUGCAAAGUUCAGUGACUGAUCUCCAGGCAAGAUCUGUGAGAGAUAAUCUUGUGUUCUCGGGUAUUCCAGAGCAUGCAUGGGAAGACACAGAGAGGCUGCUACAGGAUUUCAUACAAAGGAGAUUCAGAUUAGGUUAUGAUAUAUCAUUCGAACGAGUCCAUAUGGUUGGCAAGUGGAGUGAGUUCAACGAAUACCCACGAAAUAUAGUGGCAAAGUUCAGUUUCUUCAAGGACCGGGAAUUCAUUCGGACCAAUGCCGCAAGGAGAUUUAGCGGAACAAAAGUAUGGGUAAAUGAACAGUUCCCACAGGAAAUAGAAGAGAGAAGGAAGAAGCUUUACCCAGUGAUGCGUCAAGCAAGGAAAGAUAAAAAGAGAACAAAACUUGUCCGUGAUAUCCUUUAUAUUGACGGAGAAGUGUACACGCCACCCGCUGGAUCCACUCCCUUGACAUCUACAGCUCAGCAAAAUCCAGCGAGCCAGGAUACUCCACGGGAAAAUAACGAGCGUCAACCUUUAAAAAGACAACGCCAAGGGUCGACUCCCGAUCGUCCUAGGUAG